UACCUACUAUACUUGUCCUUUUCUCCGUUGAUUUAUCGCUUUUUUCUAUAAUAUCCAAAGUGGCGUCUGUCCUCAGGUUACCGCUCUCCAGAAACCUUUUGAAGGUGAGCAGUAAACGAGCUGCCUUCUCAUCAUCCAGAUACAGUGCUCUCGGAACACGUUGGCUGUCUACCACGGUCCCGCGCACGAUGUCCAAUCCGGAGCCAACCGCCAUUCUGCAUGAGCGCCUGUCGAAGUACCCAGGUGAGCGUUACAGGGACGGUUGGGAAGAGCUCUGGAACCGUGGUGAUGUCCUUCCCUGGGAUAGGGGAUUCCCUAACCCAGCUCUGGAAGACACCCUGACGCAGGGUCGAGCCCUGCUUGGAAAGCCCGUGGAGACGAUAGAGGACGGAAUCAAGAGGAAGAAGGCCCUGGUUCCAGGUUGCGGGAGGGGGGUUGACGUGCUGCUCCUGGCCAGCUUUGGAUAUGAUGCCUACGGACUCGAAUACAGUGCCUCUGCCAUCGAGGCCUGCAAGCAAGAGGAAGCGAAGAAUGCAGACAAGUACCCGGUGCGGGAUCCGCAGAUUGGACGGGGAUCCGUGACAUUCGUCCAGGGCGACUUCUUCCAGGACGACUGGCUGGAGAAGAUUGGAGUUCCGCGCAACGGCUUCGAUCUGGUCUACGAUUACACGUUCUUCUGCGCACUGAAUCCAUCGAUGCGACCCAAAUGGGCUCUCCGUCACACCGAACUGCUGGCACCUGCACCGCGGGGUAAUCUGAUCUGCCUCGAAUUUCCGACACACAAGGAUCCUUUGGCACCUGGUCCACCAUUUGCCGCACCCUCGGACGCAUAUAUGGAGCAUCUCAGCUACCCGGGCGAGGAGAUACCGUAUGAUGAUAAAGGCCGGGUCAAGGCCAACCCCCUACGGCCCGCAAGCGACAACGGAAUGGAACGAGUAUCCUUCUGGCAGCCCGAGCGGACACACGACGUGGGUAAGGACGAAUCUGGAGUAGUGCGAGACCGCGUUUCCGUGUGGCGUAUGCACUGAUUAAGAUAAACCGUCGAUUGGAUACCUUGGCUGCACUCGAAAUCGAGUUGUCGCGAUUCUCUAUGAAA